UCCUCCCCUCCCCCCUAGCUACCUUCUCUGCUAUAUCCAACGUCUCUCUUCUCUCUCACUAGUUUCUCUAUCUAUAACAAACACUAAAAAGUAGCAGCAGCGUGUUAUAUAUAUAAUAUAAUUAGAAGACUGACUAAAAGCCUAUAAGUGAUAACGGUGCCAAAAAACUCUGCCUAUCAAAUCCAAAAUCCAAACACUCACGUUGCUCAUUCAUUCAAUAUAUAUACAUAACAAGUUGCUUUCAGUUCAGAAUUCUGAUUGUGUUAAAGCAAAUCCCAGAAUUCACGUGCCCUGCUCCAGAAAAAUGAAUGCAUAGUAUGCAGUAGCACAGCUUUGCAUUAAUUUCUAGUAGAAAAGGAGGAAAAAGAUAGAAUCUUGGGGAGGUUUUGAGAAAUGGGUAUUUUGGGGUUGUGUGGAAUCUUGAUAUUUGGGCUUUUGGUUGGUGGGAAAGGGUACCCACAGGAGGAUCUGGUGAAGGGCUUGCCUGGGCAACCAAAGGUUGGGUUCAAGCAGUAUGCUGGGUAUGUUGAUGUGGAUUUGAAAGCUGGGAGGAGCUUGUUUUACUACUUUGUUGAAGCUGAAGUGGACCCUGGGCUUAAGCCCCUCACUCUUUGGUUAAAUGGAGGCCCAGGCUGCUCUUCACUUGGUGGAGGAGCAUUCACAGAGCUGGGACCAUUCUUUCCCACUGGCGAUGGUCGAGGCCUUCGAAGAAAUUCUAAAUCUUGGAAUAAAGCAUCAAAUCUCCUUUUUGUUGAGUCUCCUGCUGGUGUAGGAUGGUCUUAUUCAAAUACAAGUUCAGACUACAUAUGCGGAGAUGCUUCAACUGCAAAGGAUAUGCAUAUAUUCAUGAUGGGAUGGUUCAAGAAGUUCCCAUCAUACAGAUCCAGAGAUUUGUUUCUCACAGGGGAAAGUUAUGCAGGACAUUACAUUCCACAGUUAGCUGUUGCUCUUCUGGACCACAAUAAAUAUUCGAAAGGAUUCAAGUUCAACCUCAAAGGAGUUGCAAUAGGAAAUCCUCUACUUAGACUUGACCGUGAUGUUCCAUCAACAUAUGAAUACUAUUGGUCUCAUGGAAUGAUUUCCGAUGAAGUUGGCCUAGCGAUAAUGCAAGAGUGUGAGUUUGAGGAUUAUACAUUUGGUGGUAUUACACACAACGAGUCACAAUUGUGUAAUGACGCCAUAUCUGAGGCAAACCGCAUCGUUGGUCAAUAUGUAGACAACUACGAUGUGAUCCUCGAUGUAUGCUAUCCAUCGAUUGUAGAGCAAGAGCUGCGGCUACGUAAGAUGGCUACAAAGAUUAGUGUAGGCGUUGAUGUCUGUAUGAGCUAUGAAAGACGCUUUUACUUUAACCUUCCCGAGGUUCAGAAAGCCCUUCAUGCAAAUCGUACCAAGUUGCCAUAUGGCUGGUCUAUGUGCAGUAGCAUUCUACACUACAAUGAAACUGAUGGAAACAUUGACAUUCUUCCUCUGCUUAAAAGGAUCAUAAAGAACCACAUUCCGGUUUGGAUUUUCAGCGGGGAUCAAGAUUCAGUUGUGCCAUUGCUCGGGUCGCGAACACUUGUCCGUGAACUUGCUCAUGACAUGGGGUUCAAGAUUACAGUCCCUUAUGGAGCUUGGUUUCACAGGGGACAGGUGGGAGGCUGGGCAACCGAGUAUGGGAAGUUGUUAACCUUUGCCACUGUGAGGGGUGCUUCUCAUAUGGUGCCCUUUGCUCAGCCCUCUAGAGCUCUGCACCUCUUCAGCUCUUUUAUCCGUGGCCGGAGAUUGCCAAAUACGACGCGCCCCUCCAUUGAUGAUUGACACACACCCCGCUCUCGCACUUCACUUUUAUAGUUUCUUUCCUCAAAAGGUUGAAUCCCUAACUCCAAGGGUCACCUACACCCUAGCUCGACAGAGCAUUUGGGAGACACUUUUAUAGUUUGUUGAUUCAGGAUAAGUAUGUCCUAUUGCUUGACAAACAAAGAACAAUGCAGAUUUGGAGGAAAUAAAUAGUGAAAAAUCCAUUGGCUUACCCAAGGGGGGCAUUACUUGCAG